CUCUCUGUCCAAAAUCCAGUUAAAUUGAGAUCUCAGCUGAAAAAUUUUCCCCGAAAAGAAAACGAUAAUGGAUCCAAGCCCUAAGAAUUUCCCAAUUCUCUCUUACGUUAUGGAGAAAUUCCCCAGUAUGAAACGCGCCACGGCAACAUCCACCGCCGGCGACGACAAGUAUGAUGUGGAACAACCAGCUCCGCCGCUGCCGGCUUCGGAGGCUUCACAGAAGCCGUAUUUCGAGCUGACGGAACAAAUGCCUCACUUGACUGACCCUAAACUCAUUUCCGAGAUGCGAUUGGCGGUUUCCGACGUCGCGCAGACUCGUUCGAUGCUUCAAGCUCUAGGCGAGCGGCCGGAUCAUGAGUCGGUGGAUACGGCGAAGGCCAAGCUGGCGGAGAUUGAGAUGAAUUUGGCCAUGCAGUUGGAGGAGAUUGCGCUUUCGCCACGGGGGGAGGAGUCGCCGAAGGAUGUUGAGGAAAGGAAGGCGUUGGAGAGGGAGAAGCAGAUUUAUAAGUCGGUUUUGUCGUUGGAUGAGAUGCAUGAGGCGUAUGAGAAGCUGUUGACUGAGGCGGAGGAGAGGUUGCAGAAGAUUUAUGACGCUGCCGUGGCUGGUGGUGAUGUGGCUGAUAUAGAGGAGAAGGAGGAGGUCGUUGAGGAGGAAUUGAAUGAAGACGUGGUGACGAUUUUGAAGGCGGCUGAAGGGAAUGAACCUGUUGAGAGGGUGAAUUUAUCUGGCAAAAGGCUGAAGUUCCUGCCGGAGGCAUUUGGGAGGAUUAAAUCACUGGUUGUACUUGAUUUGUCCAAUAAUCAACUUGAGGCAAUUCCUGAUUCUAUUGCUGGAUUAGAAAGUCUUGAGGAGCUUAAUGUGUCUUCAAACCUUUUGGAGGCUCUUCCAGAUUCAAUUGGCUUGCUGUUCAAGUUGAAAAUCUUGGAUGUCUCUGGAAAUAAGCUUACUGCAUUGCCUGAUAGCAUUUGUCGUUGCCGGUCAUUGGUGGAACUGAAUGCAGGGUUUAACAAACUGUCUUACUUGCCAACUAACAUUGGGUAUGAACUAGUGAAUCUAAGAAGACUUUCUGUUCCACUCAACAAACUCCGCCAUUUCCCAAGUUCUAUUGGUGAAAUGAAGUCCUUGUGCUUUCUGGAUGCACACUUUAAUGAGCUCCAAGGCCUAACGCCGUCAAUUGGGAGACUGACAAACCUCGAGAUUCUCAAUCUCAGCAGUAAUUUCAGUGACCUGAAGGAACUUCCUCAGACUAUUGGUGAUCUAUCCAGUCUCAAAGAGCUUGAUCUUAGCAACAAUCAGAUCCAUGAACUGCCUGAUACAUUUGGACGGCUUGACAAUCUGAUGAAGCUAAAUGUAGAGCAGAAUCCUCUUGUAGAGCCUCCAAAGGAGAUUGUAGAUGAAGGCGUUGAAGCUGUCAGGGCGUAUAUGGUUAAAAGACGACUUGACAGACUCCUAGCGGAAGAGCAAAGGAGCAUGUUUGAGGAAAACACCGAGGCAAAUUCCAGCAUAUUAACACGAAGUGCCUCCUGGUUGACUAGGAUGGUUUCAAAUGUUACUGGGAACCUUUCAGGGUAUCUGGGUGCCGCUGGUAACUCGAAUGCAGAUCCAUAUCUCAAUCAGCCACGAUGAUUGCGUCUUGCAUCUGUCCUGUAAAAAGUCCAUGCCCUGUUUUCCUUUUAGCUGAAGGACUAAUUUGAUGAAGCGAUUUCUUGUCUGAUCCCCUCUUUAGUUUUAUACGCUCAGGUUUUGCAAAAUUCUGUUCAGUUACACUACCCUUUUGUAGACAUGACUCUAUUGAUUGGAGAUGUUGAUGAAUUUUUGUCAGGAAUUCAUGAUGUUCCACGCUUCGCUUGCUCUUUAGAAGCUUUUAAUAGUUUAGUGAUACAUAAGCUGAAUGGCAUGUCUCAAACUCGGCAUAUCUGCAGAGCAGUUGGGAAAUGCUUAAUUGUUCUCAAUGGAGUUACUUUCA